AUGGAUCAACUUUCAAAAAUAGAAGAAAGCUACUUAUAUGACCUACAGAAAGUCUCAAUUUUGAACUCAUCGAUCAAAAAUACUCGGGGGUUUCAAUACACUUGAACUCAAUCUCUAUCUACCCUUCAGAAGCCAGAUCCUUUACCUCAAGCUUUAAAAGCUGCAACCCUCAUAGAAAAUAGUCUCCUCGAUUUAUCGACAACAAAAAGAAUUUCAAAAAAAAAUCGUCCCGGAGUCUUAACAGCAGAAAAUACUCCAAUGCCCAGAAGAAGCAUAAUAAAUUUCGGCUCAAAUCCAAAUUUCCGCAGAAAAUUUCACUCGACUACAGUUGUUGCAAGUAGCGAUAAUACUCCUGUAGGGCGUCGAAAUAUAAAUACCUUUCAAUCUGGUAUAGCGUCUCUAUGCUUUUAGUCUUCUCUUGUCCCGAUGCCUCCUGAGAUAAUUGAGGGGUUGCUUCAUCAAUUUAUAUUGGUGAAACCAGCCCUCAAAGUGGCAGCUAUCUUGAGGAUUUGCUACUUUUAAGGUUGAUUUUACCAACAUAGCUGGCGAAGCAACCCCCGGGAGACAUUGAUACAAGAGGAGGCUAAAAGUGUGGAGACGCUAUAUAUGAGAGCACUAUGAAGAUUUAGGCCAAAAAUUAGACGCGAUUUCUCAUCACAAGGUAAACUUAAGAGACAUCCUUUCUGAUAAGAAAUCCAGUAGCAUUCAAGAUGAAAAAUAUGUAAAAGACCUUUUUAGCACAGAAAAUAUUUUUUCAGAAACCACUUUAAAUCAAUUAAAAACUUUAGACGAAAAAGUCAGGCAAAUGAAAAAUGACUUAAAACGCAAAAGAUUUACUAGGAAUAUAAGAAGCCAAAGCUCAGGGAAUCUUUCGAUUAUUCAAAAUAAAAGCUUAAACAGCACUUCCACAGAAUUUCCAAAAUUAAGCUACACCCCUCAAGCGUACCAAUCUCGAGAAAUUCCUAAAUUUUCAGCUGUAAAAUUACAAAAAUAUUAUAAAUAA